CUCUAGCGGAACGGACGUGCGACCAUACGCUUGACGAACCAAAACUUUCUCCGAUACAUACGAACUACUAAACAUUAAAUAUAUUAUAAUUACCUUAUCUGUGCUUGCAUGUAGACUGUGUUGUGUGUCUUUAGCCGAGGAGUGGCGUAUUACAAGUACCACACAUAAUAACUGAUUACCGCUCUACAGGAGAAGUCGGAUGAGAUCGUGAUUAUAAGAAGAAGCAGCCACUAAAUACUGAUCCCGCCGGCGGACCACUGUGCACUGAGCUCGCCGAUCUCCGGCUACCGAAAUAACAAAAUGUGAGUGUCGCCCCCGGCCGACCGCGGAGAGCCCAGAGAGCCCGGAGAGGCCUGAGAGGCCGGCAGCAUGGAGCUGGAGGACGUGGAGGCGUGGGAGGGCAACCUCACCGAGUACAACGGCACGGUGGGGUGCGGCGGGUUCAGCCUGCCGCUGGUGACGCCUGUGACGCAGGCGCUGUACGCGCUGGUCUGCGUGGUCGGCCUGCUCGGCAACUCGCUCGUCAUCUACGUCGUGCUGCGCUACUCCAAGAUGCAGACCGUCACCAACAUGUACAUCGUCAACCUCGCCAUCGCCGACGAGUGCUUCCUCAUCGGUCUGCCCUUCCUCAUCGUCACCAUGGCGAUCGGCUCGUGGCCGUUCGGCAGCUUCAUGUGCAAGGCGUACAUGAUCUCGACCGGCAUCAACCAGUUCACGAGCAGCAUCUUCCUGUGCAUCAUGAGCGCGGACCGCUACGUAGCCGUGUGUCACCCGAUCGCGGCGCCGCGCCUGCGCACGCCAGCCGUGUCGCGCAUCGUAUCGGCGGCGGCGUGGACGGCCUCGGCGCUCGUCAUGACGCCAAUCUUCAUGUACACGACGCUGCUGGAGGCCGGCCCCGACCGCCGCCUGUCCUGCAACAUCGUGUGGCCCGAGCACGAGUCCGCGCGCGGCCAGUCCUCUUUCACGCUCUACUCGUUCGCGCUCAGCUUCGCGACGCCGCUUACGCUCAUCUUCGUAUUCUACGGCCUCGUCAUCCGGAAGCUGCGGACGGUCGGGCCGAAGAACAAGUCGAAGGAGAAGAAGCGCUCGCACCGCAAGGUGACGAAGCUCGUGCUGACCGUGAUCGCCGUGUACGUGCUAUGCUGGCUGCCGUACUGGACGUUCCAGGUGGCGCUGAUCUACUCGCCGCCGGACCCGUGCGCCAGCCGUAUCACCGUCACCGUGUUCCUCGUCGCCGCCUGCUUCAGCUACAGCAACUCGGCGGUCAACCCGAUCCUGUACGCGUUCCUCUCGGAGAACUUCAAGAAGAGUUUCCUGAAGGCGUGCCAGUGCGCAUCCGGGCGGGACGUGAACGCGACGCUGCACGUGGAGAACAGCGUGAUCCCGCGCAAGCGCGGCGGUGGAGCGGUGCGCGCGCAGUUCCGGGCGCCGGAGGAGACGCGCGAGCUGGCGGUGCCGGAGGCGGUGGGAGGCGCGUCGCGGGAGGCGUCCACGGGCGUAACGGGCUCGCGUUCCGCCGCGCCCGAGGGCCUGCUGCUGGAUGACCGCGCGGCCCCGCUGGCGCCGCUGAUCGCCCCCAAUGGCGUGUCGCACACCCGGCUCUGAGUGAAGAUGUCUCGCCGCCGGCGCGAGUCCUCCAGCGCGAUGCUUGAGGAAGACACUCUGAUAGUUUCGAUCGAUUAAUAUCACUCCGGACCAAAGCCGCUGCCAGGCGGCGGGAUUAGAGCCCAAUCUCGCCCCCUGUCACCGUCGUCUCACUUUUAAUCGUCCUAAAUGUUUUAUAAGUCGGUGUUUUGUGGACCUGUGUAUACGAUAUCGUGUUCUCCGUCGGUUGCGAGUGUGCAUGCGUGCGGGCGUGCGUGGUGCGUGCGGGCGUGCGUGGUGCGUGCGGGCGUGCGUGGUGCGUACGCACGCUGUGUGAGGAACAACCCGUGCCGAGACCCCGCUAGGGUUUAACGAAGAAUUUAUUAAUGUUUAGGUGUCGCGUGGCGAUGUAACGUAUUAUUUGUAUACUGAUUUAACUGUUAACUGUAAAAAUGUACAUAUCGUGUAAAUAUUCACACAAUUAUUGUCAUAAUGUCGUUAAUAUAAUAAAUAUUUAAUAUAUUAUAAA